UAGUAUUCUGAAAAGCAGGACUCUUAUCUGCGCUCGCAGUGAGGUCAGCUGAAGCGGAAGCUCUCUCCGGUGUUUGAUGAUCAAGUGUCAUGGAGGCUGCUAGCCACCAGCACCGCUGACGGGCUCGUUACUGUCUAAAUCCCGCUUCUAAUCACUCAGUCUCACUGUCAGCUCCUCUGGUGUAAAGGUUGACAGCCAGUAGAAUCAUGGAGUCCAUGCUCAAUAAACUAAAGAGCACCGUCACCAAGGUGACAGCUGAUGUGACCAGUGCUGUCAUGGGCAACCCUGUCACACGGGAGUUUGAGGUGGGCCGACAUAUCGCCAGCGGGGGUCCAGGAAUGAGCUGGAGGAUCUACAACGGCACCAAAAAAUCCACCAAACAGGAAGUGGCAGUCUUUGUGUUCGAUAAGAAGAUCAUUGAUCGUUAUCAGAAGUUUGAGAAGGAUCAGAUCAUUGAUUCACUGAAGAAAGGAGUUCAACAGCUGACGCGGUUGCGACAUCCGCGCCUCCUCACGGUUCAGCACCCACUGGAGGAGUCCAGAGACUGUCUGGCGUUCUGCACAGAGCCUGUGUUUGCCAGUCUAGCAAAUGUGCUCGGCCAGUGGGACAACCUCCCAAGUCCUGUUCCCACAGACAUCAAAGAAUACAAACUCUACGAUGUUGAGACAAAAUAUGGCUUACUGCAGGUCUCAGAGGGUUUAUCGUUCCUCCACAGUGGGGUUAAAAUGGUUCAUGGUAACUUGUGUCCAGAGAACAUCAUGUUAGAUAUGGGCUUUGACUUCAGUAUCUCCUCUAGUAACCCGUCUGACGCUGAGCCCAAGUAUGUUUGUAAAGAGUGGGACCCCAAUCUGCCGCCUCUCUGCCUCGCGAACCCUGAAUAUGUGGCUCCUGAGUACAUCCUGUCCGUCAGCUGUGACGCAGCCUCUGAUAUGUACUCACUGGGAGUAUUGAUCCACGCCGUGUUUAAUGAAGGCAAGCCUGUCUUUCAGGUCAACAAGCAGGACAUAUACAAGAGCUUCAGCCGACAACUGGACCAGCUGAGCCGUCUGAGUCCAGGAUUAUUGAGUAAGAUCCCAGAAGAGGUCAGGGAGCAUGUGAAGAUGUUGCUCAGCGUCACCUCAAACGUGCGUCCAGAUGCAGAUCAGAUGACAAAGAUUCCCUUCUUCGAUGAUGUUGGAGCGAUGACCCUUCAGUACUUUGACUCGCUUUUCCAACGGGACAACUUACAGAAGUCUCAGUUCUACAAAAGUCUCCCCAAAGUUCUGCCCAAGUUGCCCAAGAGAGUAAUAGUACACAGAAUCCUCCCGGCGCUCACGUCUGAGUUUGUGAAUCCUGACAUGGUUCCGUUCAUUCUUCCGAAUGUGCUGCUCAUCGCUGAGGAGUGCACGAAGGAGGAAUACGUCCGCCUCGUUCUCCCAGACCUCACCCCAGUUUUCAAACAGCAGGAGCCAGUACAGGCUAGCAACAUGAUCCUGCUGAUAUUUCUGCAAAAGAUGGACCUACUUUUGACCAAAACGCCUCCUGAAGACAUCAAGAACAGUGUUCUGCCCAUGGUGUACAGAGCGGUGGAAGCCCCCUCUAUUCAAAUACAGGAACUUUGUCUAAAUAUCAUUCCCACGUUUGCCAAUCUAAUUGAGUACCCAUCCAUGAAGAAUGCACUUAUUCCUCGUAUCAAAUCUGCUUGUUUACAGACAUCCUCACUAGCGGUGAGGGUGAACUCUUUGGUGUGCCUAGGCAAGAUUCUUGAAUACCUGGAUAAAUGGUUCGUCAUUGAUGAAAUUCUACCAUUCCUGCAACAGAUUCCAUCCAGGGAACCAGCUGUGCUCAUGGGCAUUCUGGGCAUCUACAAGUGCACUUUCACCCAUAAGAAACUGGGCAUCCCAAAAGAGCACCUGGCUGGAAAGAGUUUACCUCAUCUGGUCUCACUUAGUAUUGAUAACAACCUUAACCUUAACCAGUUUAACUCUUUCAUGGCUGUGAUCAGGGAAAUGUUGAAUCGCAUGGAGGCGGAGCAUAAGACCAAAUUAGAGCAGUUGCACAUCAUGCAGGAGCAGCAAAGGAGUUUGAACAUAAACCAGAUGAACCAAUCAGAGGAGACUAAGAACACGCCCAGCCCAGCCACAAAAGUCAGAGAUAUCGAUGAGAUCUUUGGUGGCAGUUCAGGAAGUGCAGGUGUGAAUGGUAAAGAGAACGGUUCCUCAUCAACCACGUCACAACCCUCACGAGUGUCUCUCACCCUGGAAGAAAAGCAGCGUUUGGCUAAAGAACAGGAACAGGCUGCCAAACUAAGAAGCCAGCAGCCAUUGGCUCCACAGAGUGUCAAACCAGCCACAACGACACCUCAGGCAAAGGAUCUGACCAGCAGUCUUCUGAACAGCAUGACAUCUCUGAACAACUUCUCUUUGAACUCUGGGACCAGGACGAUGCCCAUGCAGGGCGGCACUAUAUCCUCUACCUUCCCAGCUGGACCCACCAUGGGUGGAAUGGGCACCAUGGGCGUCAGCAAUGGUUUCAACUCACCCAUGGGAUUCCAGACGGGAGGUAUGGGAAUGGCCAUGAGACCCGCUGCUCCAGGCCUCUACGGAGGCAUGGCCACCACUACCAGCACUCCAAAUUUCAGUGCCCUCACCCAGAGCCAGAACCAACCCAGCAAGUCCACAGACAUGUCCGCCCUAGACUCCCUCUUCACUUCUAGCAAACCCAAAGUCAGCAUGAACCAAAUGGCCCCUAAACCGGCCCCAGGAGCCACUGCACCUUCCCCGUGGCUCAGUCAGUUUGGUACAGGCCAGCCUUCCCAGACUGCACCCAUGCAGGCGACUCCGAUGGGGAUGACGGGAGUUCAGGGUGGUUUUGGAAUGCAAGCAAACCCAUUCUUCAACCCUCAGAACUUCUCGCAACCUGUGGCCUCUUCAACAAUCAACGCUGGGGUGAUGAAGCAAAGCACUUCAGCCAACAACGAUCUUAAGGACCUCUUCGGAUAAAACAUUUGCCUUUCGUUCGCGUUCCCCCUUGGGUGGGAAUCAAAACCAAACAACAUCAGCAGCGACGAUGACAGUCAAAAUUUGGUUGGAUGGUUGGACAAGGUGUCCUUGAAAGACAGUGUUUAAAAGUUAUUCUGGUUUAGUUUGUCUUUUUUUUUAGCCCUUCAAUGGUGCACUUAUCUUCUUGAGUGAAUCAACGGCACCAAACAAACAUCAUGUUUCACAGAAAGCUUGGGCUCUUUCACCGAAAGCUGCUUCAAUUGGUGGAUGCCUUGGAUUUGUUGUAUCGUUGGACUUGACAUGUGCCCCAGAAGACACAAGGAGUAACAAACUCAAGCGCUUUUGGUUUCAUUUCCUUUUUGCUUGAGCCUCACGUUCAGAGCAAGCUUCAUCGAUAGCCUCAGGAUUUGCUGUUAUCCUGAUAGUGUCUGGCAAAAGGAAGUCUCUAUCAUGUGAUAAGUAAAGGAAGACGUGGUGUAAUCCAUAGUUUGGGCCGGAAUGAGUGUUUUUAUAAUUGUGUAUAUACUGUAUCUGGUGAUUUAUUGUUUGAGUUUCAUACUUGUACAUGAUCUACUGAGGUAAAAUAUCUUAAAAGAGGGACACCGUCUUCAUACUGUAGGUGCACUAAAUGUAUAGAACUAAAAAUGAUAUUAAAAAAAUAGGUUUUGAGAUGUUAUUGGGAUGUUGUCGGUACUUUUAAAGUGAGUUUGUGUAAAACAGAAUCCAUGAGCUUCAUUUAUGAAACACCUAGCAGAUUUAUUAUUUUGUAAAUUUCUUGGGUUUUUUUUAACUCUCUCGGAUAAAGGGUCAUAUUUUAAAAGACAAAGUCAAAUGUGCUUAAUUAUAAAUAAAUAUGCAUUACUGUAAUAUAAUAGUAAAGAUUUAGCUCUAUACUUAACGACUUACAAAUUUGUAUGUAUAUUUUUUGCAUUUUGAAAAUAAUAAAUUUUUUCACACAUUACAAAAAUUAGGUUUUUAUGGAAGCCCGUUUCUGCUACUUAAAAAUAAAACAAGGCGAUUGCGACUUUAGAAUUGUGAGAGAUAACCUCGCAAUUCUGAGGUUUUUUUUUUUUCUUGCAGUUGGGAGUUUAUAUCUCGCAAUUCGGAGUUUCUUUUUUCUCACAAUUACAAGUUUAUGUCUCGCAAUUGUGAGAUAAAAAGUCGCAAUUACCUUGUUUUAUUUUUUAUUAGUGGCGGAAACGGGCUUCCAUAGGUUUUCCAUUUUUGUAAUGUGUGAAAAGAUUUAUCAGACUUGGAGAGUUUUUUGUUGUUGUUUUGUUUCGUGGUUUGAAUUGCUGGAAAAUUAGCUUGUCGAUGCACAAAGUUAAAAAUAGGCGUCUUUAUGCAAAAUAUACAAUUUGCGCAUUUAGGUUUGGGGAUAAAAUGCGUUUCCUAAAUUGCAGCUAUAAAUGAGUUUGGAUAAAUUGCAGCUAUAAAUGGUCAGUAAUAGCAUAUUGUAUACAACCAAGUUGUAACAGAAGUAUGUGUUUCAUGAAUGAAGCCUGAUACAUUUGUUUCCCUUUUGGUUCUCUGCUGUUACUUCCUACCCUGUGUUUGUUACCCACUUUUUUUUUGUUUGUCUGUUGUCAUUAUAUGGGCAGUUUCCUGUUGUAGGAAGUGACCAAUUGAAUUCCUUAUCAUGUGAUUCCAUAUCAUGACCAAACAGACCAUUGCAACACAGCAAAUCACCAAAAUGUGUAUUAUUUCUGAAGAAAAAAAAAAGAAAAGAAAAAAACAUGAAUAAAUGAGGUGUACAGUAAAUAGAGAUGAACUGCCACUUGAGUUUUUUUUUUUUUUGUGUUUUUUUUUUAUCCUGUCGCAAGUGAAUAACUUUCCUGAGGAGAAUCUUUAAUAUCCAGACAGGUUUUAUUUAAAGGGAAUGCUAUUCCUGGUCUUAUGAAUGAGAGGCCUUAUGUUGAGAGUUGUGCAAUAACAGGUCUGUGAUGGAGAUUGUGGAAAUAACUUUCUGUACGAGUGUUUCACUACAUGCAGUUUUCAAAUAGGCUCGAUCAAUGUAGAUAAAACAUCUGGACUGUUUUCAUUUUAAAAAAAAAUGUGAACUAGAUGGUUGAAAAGAUGAUGAUUUUGGAAUCAAAUAAAUUGGUUAUUUAAAGGGUAAUACCUUUUCACUUCAGUCAUUUAUUUGUAUUUUAUAGGUGUGUUAUUAUUGAAGCAUAUGGCACCACAGAUAGUUUAGAAGUAGAAAGAAUAGAAAUAAUUUUAAAAUAAUUUUACAAGCGUUUGUAUAUGUAUAAUUUUACUAUGAAAAAUACGUUUCUGAGUAGAAAACGAUAACAGUUAGUCCUCAGCUAGCUAGCGUCUAGUGUUAACUGAAUUUAUUCAUAAGUGCAUCUAAUGUAGUCUGUCUAGAAAAGUGCAGUCAUAUUUCACAUUUUAUAUACAUAUAUUAAUAGUAACCUAUUUUAAGACUUUUAAAAUUGACAUUGUUUCCAUAAUUUCAAUUAAUUGAUAAAAAGGAUUAUAAACCAUGGUUUUACUUUUUAUUUACUAUUUGAUUUAAAAAAUAAUAAUAAAUAAAGUAUAUUUGGAAGGGUGUGCUACUGUGCUUCAUUGUCAUGAAGAUAAUGUUGCAAUUUAUUAAAAGGGACCUGGACAUGUUCUUCAAGAGAGUCAUCUUUAUUUGUAUGUGAAGAAAAUUAUUUUAGCAAAUUUUGUUCAAUUGUUGAAUAAACAGAAAUAUAGGAAAAACAACACCCACCCACCCACCC